GACAUUUUAAUAUAUAGGUACUUAGCUAAUAGCUUAGGUUUAAGAGUUAACGUUAAGACUUUAGUUAGUGUAAUACCGAAUCAGGCGCAAGUAGUGUUUUAUCUGUUUUAUUUAUAUUUAACUUGCGAUAAUUCUCAAUGAACAAUGGAUAAGAUUAUAAACGUCUUCAGGAAAAGAGACGAUUCGAAUCAAAACUUUAAUAAAAGCACAUAUUCUCUGGUGUCGUGUGGUGAGCUAACGCCUGACACGCUGCAAUCAUGGAUGGGGCUUCCGGAUGAAGUUAAGUGUGAUCCCUACAUGGAACAGAUAAGGAAAAAAGUGGAAGAAAUUAAAACAACUGGCAAUCUUGGUGCCAAUGAGUCUAAUACUAAACGGUCAGAAAUAGCCAAAUCUGAACCGGAUAUAAGACAAAUUGAAGAAUUACCAUUUAUUGACGAUGUUACUGAAUCAUUCAACAACAGAAAUCAACACGAGGCAAUGGAAGACAAUGACCAUAACACUCGACAUAGAACUCAAAAUUAUUCGCAGAUUAAACGCGCCAAAUAUUACGUCAAAAUGACAAUUCUUCUGGGCUGCUGGACCUUCUUCACGGCUGUCUUUCUCACGUGCAACGAGAAAGAGGAGCUCUUCAAAAACACCGCAGUGAGCCUUGCUGAGGAAAAAUCUUAUCACAUAGAUGCAAAAAGCAACUCAAUACAAAUAAAGUUUUCGGGGCCAUUCCUGUCCGAACAAGCGGAGACAAAGCUCGAUUCGAAGCAAAUCAUGAACUCCUCUAAAUUGAUGGUAUGGUUCGAGAGAAACACGACACUUGAGGCUACAGAAGCUUGGGAAAUAAUCCUCCAACCAGAUAUAGAUCUCAAUAAAGGAGAAUUAAGGACAAAAGUAUUUAAUACUAAACAACCUUUAUUAAACCAUACGCUGCGCGUGCGCACAAAUGCAGCACAGAUAGUACCUUUCACUAUGAGCUACACAUAUGAUCCGCUCGACAUCAACCAGGGAGUGAUAUUCGCUCUUGUAUUAUUAUGUGGACUUUAUAUACUAAUUAUAUUCGAGGUCAUCAAUAGGACAAUGGCAGCUAUAACGGUGUCUACGUGUUCACUGGCCGCGUUAGCCCUAGUGGGGGAAAGACCAACGCUCAUGGAACUAGUCUCCUGGCUGGAUAUCGAAACCUUGUUGCUACUCUUCAGCAUGAUGAUCCUGGUCGCCAUCAUGGCUGAGACCGGUGUAUUUGAUUACUUGGCUGUUUUUACCUUCGAAGUAACGAAAGGCCGACUUUGGCCAUUGAUUUACUUGCUUUGCAUAAUAACAGCGGUUCUGUCAACUUUCUUGGACAACGUGACCACAGUCCUUCUAAUGUCCCCUGUGACCAUUAGAUUAUGUGAGGUGAUGGACUUGGAUCCUGUACCGAUUUUGAUGUUCAUGGCGAUAUACAGUAAUAUAGGGGGCACGGCAACCCCUGUCGGUGAUCCGCCGAAUGUCAUCGUCGCUUCGAACAAAGCUGUGAUACAGUCUGGCAUUAAUUUCACGAACUUCACGGCACAUAUGUCUCUGGGUAUUUUAUUGGUCUGUAUACAAACAUCUCUUCAAAUAAGGUUUAUGUUCAGAAACACGAGUAACUUACGGCAAAGGGUCCCUAAGGAAAUACAGGACCUUCGUCACCAAAUAUCAAUAUGGCGUCGAGCUGCGGACUCGUUACCACAUUUGAGCGAAGGCGUUAACGUUGUCAGAGAAAGAUUGGAACGGAAAAUUACCAAACUGAGUCUAAAAUUAAACAAAAUUGUUAAGGAAAGUGGGAAAAGGGCAUGCCCUAAAGACACCUUCCAAAAGACGUUGCAGGAAUUAAAAGAUAAGUACAAAAUACGUGAUCGAGUCCUUCUGAUCAAAUCUGCGGUCGCGAUCGCUUUCGUCGUUACAGUUUUCUUCCUGCAUUCCAUUCCUGAACUAAAUCGCGUAUCAUUAGGGAUGACAGCCCUUUUGGGCGCCAUUUUGCUGCUAACGCUCGCCGAUCGAGAGGACCUGGAACCGAUAUUGCAUAGAGUCGAAUGGUCCACGUUACUGUUCUUUGCGUCACUGUUCGUACUUAUGGAAGCUUUAUCGAAACUUGGCCUUAUAUUGUAUAUCGGAGGUUUGAUGGAACAGUUAAUAUUGAAAGUCGAUGAAAGUGCAAGGCUAAGUGUGGCGAUUAUGCUUAUAUUAUGGGUAUCAGGCACAAUAUCAGCGUUCGUAGACAACAUACCACUUACAACGAUGAUGGUGCGAGUGGUGAUAUCCAUCGGGAACAACCCCAACUUGAAUCUUCCCAUGUCACCGUUGAUAUGGGCGUUACUGUAUGGUGCAUGUUUGGGAGGUAACGGUACACUUAUCGGCGCGAGUGCAAAUGUGGUCUGCGCGGGAGUCGCUGAACAGCACGGCUACAAAUUUACUUUCCUAGAUUUCUUUAAAGUCGGUUUCCCGAUCAUGAUUGGACAUUUAAUUGUUUCCUCCUUCUAUUUACUCGUCUGUCAUUGUAUUUUUACAUGGCAUUAAUUUGUUAUAUGUACAAAUUGUAAAGUUUAAAUUUAUUAUAUUUUUGAAAUAUAUUAUAAAAAUACAGAUACAAAUUAUAAUUAAAGAUACCAAAUAGCAUGAAGUACAAAUAAAAUCACAAAUUCACUUCCAUACAUAAUAAGUAUAUUAAUGAUGUUCGUUUAGCCGAAUUUCGGCCCCAAUUGGCGCCCAAUAACAUACAGAGCCCCACUUGAUGCCCAAACGAAUUUUACAUAAAUAAGUACAUUAAAAUUUUUACAAUAAAAUACAGAGAAAAAGCUACAUCGCUGAUCUCAUACGUUGUAUUGAAGAUUUUUACGAAAUAUUUUACCGUGUGAAUUGAACCUGUUUUGUAUAUAAAAUCAAAGGGAUUGAUUCGUUGGUCUCGUCGCUAACUUAUGAACCAGACACUCGGUUCAAUAUUCGAACUUGCUCGACUUCCAUGAAAUAAUACGCAAAUCAAAGUUCACAACAAAGUCCUAUGUUUGUGCAUACAUGCCUGCACAAAUGCUGUGAAAUUGUCCGUCGAGUCUAAAUUCGUUCAAGGGAAUUAUUGAUAUCUUUGCAUAGUACAGGGGCCCGAGCGUGCCUAACCAGCUCGUGAGGCUGCCCCACCAGGCCACGCAUAAUCUCGGGGUGAACCGUCGUGCCGG